GUUCAGCUUCAUGACAUCAGUCUGUAGAGAGAGACGGAGCGGAGGAGGAGAGUGUAGAGGGGGAUCAGCGCUUAGAAAACAGCUCCUUUGUUACUUUUACCACUGUGUCUUGCACUUAAAUACUAGCUCUUUAAUCGUCAGAACUGGACUGGCAUCGACUUUGGACUGUUACAGCUCUGAUUCGAAGUAAAGAAAAAGAAGCUAAUUCCUGUUGAAGUAUCUCCCAUCUCACUGGAUAUAACGAUGCAUAAAGUCAGAAGUUCUGAGGUCUGGACAGAAUCUGCUCCCACUGAGGCCUCAGCCAAGCGCCUGUCCUGGAGCUCUCUGGUCCAGAAACUGAGCCACAGCCUGGACUCGGACUCUGAGAGCAACAGCAGCAGAGAUGAUGUAUCUGACUCUGGUUCUGUAUCUCUGCCAGACCUGUCCAACCUCGAUUCUGAAUACUUCUACGACCCAAUGGAAGAGAGCCUCUGUAAAGAAGUUGUGCAGCUCAUCUCCCGCAGCCUGAUUGAAGCAAAAGACUGUACUCUCCACUGCUCCAAGCUGCUUAUCCCCGAGAAACUUCUGGAGCACAUAGGCCAGGAACUGGUACAUCUGGCUGCGAGCGAGCCGUGCGGCCUGCGCGGGGCGCUGAUCGACCUGUGUGUGGAGCAGGCUGGCACACUUCAGUCUGCAGGGCAGAUAGCUGCAGACCCUUACCUCGUCCCCACCUUUCAGCUCACACUUGUACUCAGACUGGAGUCAGGAGGCAUUUGGCCUAAAAUCCAGGGCCUGUUUGCACCCAAGUCCUCCUCGUCUCCACCUGUAAGAAAUGCCCUUAAACUGAGCACUGGCUUCAGGGUGAUUAAGAGAAAACUCUAUAGCUCUGAAGAGCUGCUUAUUGAAGAAUGCUGAAAACAAAAAAAGACUAACUUGACUCUUUCUGGACCUCCAGCAGCUGUCUUAUUCUCAGAGAAGCCUCUCAUCACUUUUUGGUGAUUCAAGAGCUGUGAGCUGUUGUUGCAGAGGACUGACAUGACCUUGCCUUCUGAAGACCGAAUGCCUGAGGCAAUAAAGCUUGUAUUUUAUAAUGAAGUGUACUACAAUAGUCAAGAAGUUACCUGAACACACACAUAACUGCAUAUCCUUUGUCACCAGUGUUUAUACAAAAGAACAUAUAGGGUACACUGUUUGUCAAAUUGAUAAACAUCCUUGUUUUCAAGACUGCUGUAUGUACAAGUUGUGAAUUACUGCAUAUAGAUCAUAUAUUGCACUUCUUUCAGGCAGUUUUCUAACAAGACAGAUGCUAUUCUGUCAACUGCUUUGAAAUGUUUACCUCAGUUUCUGCGGAAACUUGCUGUGGCAGCUAUGUAUCGUGUUGUAAACUUGAUUUACUUGUCAUGGAACAUCGUUUUUAACUUUUUAAUUUAGCAAGUGCCAUUUUAUUUGUGUGAAGAUCCGGUUAAAAUGGUCCUGUGCCUUUUUAUUAUUAUUUUUUUUUUCUAUGACUGUCAUGCAUAUUCCCUUGUGCAUCAUUAUUUAUUUGAUAUUCAAAUACUCAGUUACAUUUUGUACGUUCAUUUGAGGAAAUGCAGAAAAUAAAUUAUUUUUGAAGAAA